AUGCUUCCUGUAUUUAUUCUAGUUUCUAUGAUUGUUUUGGGGGCUAGCACUGUGAUGGCGGUGGUCACCAAUUCCUUCAUCAUUGCUGUCAAUCUUAUAGACAAAACCAAGUCUAAAAGCCUCAGUCCAUCUGAUCUCAUUGUGGUGACGCUAUGUGUGUCCAACAUUUUCUUUCAGCUCAUCAUGCUAGUCAAUGAUUAUAUGAGCUUUGUAUGUGCUGACGUCUACUUUACAGACAAGGUCUACAUUAUAUCCUCUGUUCUGCUCAUACUUCCGAUCUACUGCAGCUUCUGGUUCACAGUUUGCCUUUCAGUCAAUUAUUAUCUGCAGAUUGUUAUAGCCACCCAUCCAUUUCUAAUCCGACUAAAACUUGCAGCUGAUCAGUUAGUUCCACGGUUAAUAAUGGCUUCCGUUUUCAUAUCAUUUGCAACAGGCCUUCCCGCAUACUGGAAUUUCCACUGUGAUGCUCCAAAUUUAAACAUGUCAACAAAUGGAGUAGUAGAAAUCUCUGUUCCUAGUCUAAAUGCUAUAUAUUUGCUUCCCAGUACUCUCAUAAGUUGUUCUCUUCCAUUAGUAUUGGUGGGUAUUGCCAAUGGUCUGAUCAUCAAGUCACUUCUGUCACAUACUCACAAUUCAGAUAGGAAUACAAAGGGAGAGCUCAGAGCUCGUGCUGAAGGUCGAGUACGGGCAGCAAGAACAAUAAGUUGUCUUCUUUUCCUUUAUAUAUCUUUUUAUAUAUCAGAAGUCCUUGUAUUUAUAGAACUCUUUCCUCAAAGUAGCCCAGGAUUUUGUACCUGUUUGAUGAUAAUCUAUGGCUAUUCACCAACUCAGUCAAUUGUUCUCAUUUUUGGAAGUCCAAAAUUAAAGCAAGCUUCUCUGAGUUUAAUCCAUUGUGUUGGAGGCAUCAGGAAGGAAAAAGAGAAGACAACAACAGUCCUUUUUACCAAUCUAAAGAACUUCUCAGCUAAUUGA